UUCAGCUACUCCCUCUUCGUUCACUCCACCCUCCUCCACCCUUCACUUCCAAAAUGAACAAUUCCGCAACGCUCCAACAACGGUGCGUGGCUUCCCUUAAAACCCUAACACCCCACAUUACCUGUCUCGCGGUCCACCGUAACCUCCUCUACGCCGCCUCCCUAAACCUCAUCAACGUCUUCGACCUCUCCCAUUACUCCCACAUCGACGCCUUCAACCAAAGCCCUGCCUCAGGCUUUGUCAAGUCCAUCGCCUUCACCAACUCGAGGGUUUUCACCGCUCACCAAGACCGCAAGAUUCGUGUCUGGCUCAUCACUCCCUCCAAACGACAUCGUCUCCUCUCCUCCCUCCCCACCGUCACCGACCGUCUCCGCCGCUGCAUCGUUCCCCGAAACUACGUCAGCGUGCGCCGCCACAAGUCCAGGCUCUGGAUCCAGCAUUGCGACACCGUCUCCGGUUUAGCCGUGAACCAGAGGCUCAUGUAUUCGGUUUCGUGGGAUAAGAGCUUUAAGGUCUGGGACUUGUUCAGUUUCCGGUGUUUGGAGUCCGUCAAAGCGCAUGAGGACGCGAUCAACGCUCUGGUUGUUAAUCGAGAUGGUGUCGUAUACACCGCGUCCGCGGAUGGGAGCAUCAAGGUUUGGAGAAGAGACUGCGAGGGGAAACGGCACGUGUUGGUGAGCACCAUUGGAAGGCAGAAGUCGACGGUGAAUGCGCUUGCGUUGGACGGCGGGGGCGCAGGGUUGUUUUCCGGCGGUUGCGACGGCGAGAUAUGCCGAUGGGAGUGGGGGUGCGAGGAAAACGGCUCGGUGAAGAUGGAGACGUUGAGGGGUCACAGUGGAGCCAUACUGUGUCUUAUCCACGUGGCGGGUUUGUUGGCGAGUGCGUCCGCGGAUCUAACGGUUAGGAUCUGGCAACGGGAGAGAGGGAGGAGUGGGUAUAGUUGCAGGGCGGUGUUGGAAGGGCACGAGAAACCGGUGAAGUCGUUGGUGGCCUUUGCGGGAGGUGACGAUGACUCAAACGGCGUCGUUAGGCUAUUCAGUGGAAGCCUAGACGGGGAGAUUAAGGUGUGGGAGUUGUUUGGUUCGGCCUGAUUGUGCGUACCUAAUGCACCGUUUGAGCACGCUCUUAGUUGGCUAGGUUAAAACUCUGAUACGAAUUGUGAGUGUGCAAUACAUAAUAGUUAAAUCCAGAACUUAACCUGACUCCCUAAGUCCAUUUUGUGCUACUGAAGGAAUGUUCCUGUGCGUAAAUUACAUCAAAAUAAUUAGGAAAAUUUGUAAUUAGCUCGUCUG